AGGUCAUUGAUGUACACAGUACACACAACACAGUGCAGUGUUAGUGCUAGGUGUUAAAGUGUUAAGCCUUAUCGGUGCUAAAUGAUAGGAUAACUAAUUUAAGUACAUACUAGUUAUUAAGAUAUUAGUAUUACCACUGAGUACAACCUACUUUGUUUAAAAUUUAAAUCCGGAAGGAUAGUAGCUGGGUACCUACUUUUGGAUAUAACUACUAAAUAAUACAUUAUGAGUAAGAAAUCACUGUAACAACAAAGGCUACGAGAACAAUAGCGAAGAUUAGGAAUAAGUAAAAUACGUUCACAAGUUGUUGAUACAUGUACAUACAAUUAUGAACCAUGAACAUGGAGCUUCAUGAAACCAAUGGAAAAUAUGUCAUACCAUUAGAUACUGUAGACUUAUCACUCCUAUCAACAUUGAAUGUGGCUCCAAAGCACCAUAACAAUUUAUUGCCUUUAUGGACCAAUAACAACAUGAAAUUGAGGAAUGAAGAUUGCUAUUUAGAAUUUGAAAUCAAAGAUAAGCAGGACAUCUCUGACAUGGAAACAUAUAAUAAAAUUGAAUUUGAAAUAGAUGAUAAACAAGAUAUCUCAGAGUCGGAGGCCACAUAUGUUAGUUCCUCAGAAAAUUCAUCAAAUCCCUAUGUCAAUACAGAAAUAAGUACAAAUUUGUGCUAUAUCUGCAAUAUCGAAGUUCCCUUGCCAUAUAUGAAGGAACACUUAAAUAGUACUAAACAUAAGACAUUCCUAAAAAUUACAGAAGUAGCAUUAGAAAGAGUUAAAAAGCAAGUGACCCACAACUUCUCUGAGAAAAAUCCUGUCCCGUCAAUGUAUUUUUGUCAAACAUGUGUUACAACAACACCUGUCAAAGACAAAUCCUUCCAUAUGAAAUCAACUGCUCACAAAAACGCUGUUACAUUAGACAGAAUAUUAAAUGAUUUUAUUAAAAUAUACACACAUGAUGAAUUAGAAACAGAUAACACUGAAUCGGAAAUUGAAACGCCUAAUCAUGAAGAAUUGGAUAAAGUUGAUGAAGGCACAAACAAACCUGAUAUUGAAAAGCCAGUCUACAAUGAAGAUAUUGCCAAGGAAAUAGUUUGGAAUUUGAAACCAGCUACAUUUCAUAAAAUAAAUAAAGAUGCUAUUGUCAGUAAUGGUACAAAUUUAACAGAAUACAUAAAUAAUUUAAAUGCAAAAACUUUAUCUUCACACAAGGUAAAAGAUGUUAAUGGCGAGUAUCUUAUUAUCGAAACAAAAGAUGGCAGUGAGGUUAAAGUGACACACAACAAUUUUCAUGGAAUAUUGGCUAUAGGAAAGCGCCAUGCUCAGUGCAAACUGUGCACAGAAAUAGUUAGAAAUUUAGACAAACAUAUUUAUUCUCAAAAACAUAUCGAGAAGAUAGUACUGCCAAUAAAUGACAAGGAAUGUAUUAGACAGUUGGAUAAUACUAAAAGCCAUUGCAUUCUAUGCAAUGAGUUAGUCGAAAGUGCCGACUUCCACGCACUUUGCAACAAAAGACACGAAGCGUUAUUGAAAAAUGCUAUCUUGUUAUCUGAACAGGGGGGUGAGAGCCAAAUAAUAAUUGAAACACGAAGCGAUGUUAACAAAGCAAAUAUUAUUACUCCACUUGAAAGUAACGAAGAACAAGUACCAAAAGAUUGCGCUGCUAAAACUACCUAUAAUAAUAUAAACAACGCACCGUCGGUGCUUGAAAAUAAUGAGUUUGUUGUACAAUUGGAUGCUAGUAAAACUGACAGAUCUAAAGCUAAGAAUUUUUUUUGCAGUGUCUGUCAAAUUUCACUUCGCAAAAAAAAUAUUAGUUCACAUACAUAUAGGCAUAAAGCAGCCGAGGAACGCACCUAUAUGUUGGAAUAUUCUAUUGAAGCAGAUAAUUUAAAAUGUGUGGUUUGUAAUUAUUUCGUUGAUACUGAUCAUAUCGUUCAUUUAAUGAGUACAAGUCAUGUUGAUCGUUACAACGCUUUAUUAGCCGCAAACAAAAUGAUUAAGACGCAAGGAAAUGUUUUUUGCGAAGCAUGCACUAUUUAUAUGUGUAUAGGAAAUGAGCUGGUUCAUAUUGAUUCUACAAAACAUAAGAAGUUGCUUUUGGAUUUGAAAAGUGUAAUUGUUGACAAACCCACAAAAGAAAAGCUUAGUACAGAAGCCAGAGGUUACGAUAGUAAACAACAUUUUUGCGUUAUUUGCCAAGUUAAUGUACCAAACAAUUCCCAUAACAUCAGUACACAUUAUAAUGGAAAAUUACAUAAAUAUAAUUUGGCUAACUACUUUGACGCAAAAGAUGUUUCUGUCCAAGGAAAUAACAAGAGCGAUGAGAGUGAUAAAAGCACUCUUGAGAAUUUGGCAAGUGUAUCUAAAAAUGAUGAAGAAAAGGCUAGUAGUCCUCCAGUAGAGAUGUUUUCUAAGGACACGCCGUCGGGAAGUGUUGCCAAAAAAGUUCCAGUUGCUAAGGGAAACGGAAAAAUAGAUAUCAAGAAAGAUACAAACUCAGACUCUAUAACACACACAGCAAGUGGGCAAAAUAAUAAUUCGAUAUCCGUUACUAGUGAAACAGUGGAAGAUGUUUUAGAAAUCACCUUAAAUCCGAGCGAGUUGAAGUGCAGAAUAUGCUUAGUGAUAAUUCCAAAUAAAACAAAGAAUAUUCAAGAACAUCUUAACAGGUACAAUCAUAACAAAAGUGCUAGAACACUACUGGUACAGAACCGGUUGAAGCUGACAGGAAAUCUGUAUUUUUGUAAUGGCUGCUGUGAAUCUGUAAAUAUAGGAGACCAAUUCGAUCAUAUAAAUAAGCGAUCCCAUGGAGUGAAUAUGGUCAGGACUUUAACUAACGAUGUAUUAAAUGCUUUAGCAGGAAACCAAGAUCAAACGGAUACCGAGUCAAACAAAGACAGUUUAUUUAAAAUACCAAUGAAAUAUUUUGAACUUACCGAUAAUCUGGGUGUGGUAAACUGCCAAGUCUGUAAUCUAAAAUUACCUCACGUUGUUUCUGUAUUUAAAAGUCAUAUAGAAGGACGAAAGCACUUCAAAAAACUACGAAAAAUAUUAUCAAAUAACAAAAUACUAGAAAAAGACGACUGCUUCAAUUGUUCGGUGUGCCAGACAGAACUGACUAAAGAUGCUCUUUUCAAUCACUUAAACAACCAGAAUCACUUAACGGCCCUAGCGACGACGGUUCCGAAUAGCAUUUUUACGGCCUUAUUCCGAAAUACGGACCCCACGGACCGAUAGUGUCUCUACAGCAAUUGGCACAAGUAUGUGGUAUUAACUGUGGUACUAAAGUUAAACUUCCGAGACCCCCAGUUUUUGGAAACAAUUGGUAGUAAAGACUAGAAAUGAGUUGGGGGGUGGCUUGAACUUUAGAUCUAGUCAGUUUGAAUAGCCUAUGAUGUAGAGGAUGUCAUGGGGGUCAUGGUUGAAUACGGGCAAAAAGUUCUCAUUACACUCCUAGGAGGUCAAAAUAGCCAAAAACCAAAAAAUUGGAGAGUGGCUCGAACUUUACGCAUAGUCAGUUUGAAUAGCCUAUCAUGUUGAGGAUGUCAUGGGGGUCAUGAUUGAAUAGGGGAAAAAAGUUCUCAUUACUCUCCUAGGGGGUCAAAAUAGCCAAAAUCCAAAAAGUUUAAAAUUCUUAUUUCCGCUAUAACUCCGCCUCCUUCGGAGGUUCUUACACAGUCUUUACUUCCCGCAUCCCACUAGUUUAUUUAUAAGACUGACAUCAAUGUCUUUACUUAAUUUGAGGUUAUGGUUAUCUGCCGACUUCCAAAAAAGAGACUGUACUCAAUUCGACUGUAUGUUUUUUUUAUUUUUAUGUGUACUCAUAACUUUUUACUGGGUGAACUGAUUUCGAUGAUUCUUUUUUUAUAUGAAAGCUGAUACUUCUCGUGUGGUUCCAUAUGAAUUUGAUCAAGGUCAAACCAAUAGUUUUUGAGUUAUUCUUAAUAACUUAUAUUGUAGUCGGCUGUACAAAAUGUUUAAUUUUAAAUAAUUUUAAUUCUGUGUUUUUGAAAUCGUUAAAAAUGGAUAUUAACAUAAACACACACAAAAAAAACUGGCCAAGUGCGUGUUGGGCCACGCACAAUUUCCGUAGUUGCCCGUCACAAUACGUGGGCUUCCUUAAUAAUAAGCAUAAUCAGUGAGUUCGCAGUUUGACCGCUAUAACGACUAAAAAUGUGUUCAAAUAGGAAGAUCGUAACUGAAGGACUUAUUUUCAAAUCAGCUUUAGCUUUAUAGGGAGUGGUAUUCAAAAUAAUAUUAAUAAAACUUCGAUUCCGAUAAUAAUACCCUAUCUAUCCCGCAAAUGACAAAGUAAAGCUAAUAGUAGUAAUGCAUAUAAGUCGUUUUCUUCAUAAAAUGUUUAUUUUUAACAGUUAAUAACAUUACAAAGUUAUUAAUGCAGCUAGUUUUAGGUCAUUUUCUAUGAAGUUGCAAUGGAAUUUUUACUGAUCCAAGUGAAUUUAAUAAGUUGGUCGACAAUUAUUCUUUAACUUCCUAAUUCUACUUAGCUGUGAUAGUUUUCCUUUUAACUUCAUUACUACUGUCCAGUAUAUUAUAUUUCGCAAACGAACCCCUCAAUCGAAAAGAUGAUGUUCCCCACCCCCCAGUGUUUUUGAAAGACCUAUCCAACGAUACCGCACGUGAUGGAAUAAAGGGGUAAAAAAAAUCAUCCUCCAUUUAUUUGUAUGGGAAGUAUCCAAAAUAAAAAUGUUUUUAAAGAUUUCAUUUCACAGUUUUCUAAGCGUAACUAAUAUCUAUAACUAUGCCGAAUUACUGGUUUGUACCACCUAGGGUCUCUGAGCAAAACCGAGGACGGAAGGACGGACGGACGGACGGACAUGGCGAAACUACGGGUUCCUUGUUGUGUAACUACGGAACCCUAAAAAGUAUUAUUUACUUUUUUAUUUUCUGCAUAUUUACUCACGUUUUCGUACGUAGACUCGUGUACGUAAUAUUUCCUAUAUUAAGAGGGCUUAGUUGUUUCACGUCGAAAACUUUGUUUUAGGAUUUUUUCAAGGACAAUAUCGUAACGAUGUCAACACAUUAUUUGAGUAAAAUCACGGCUUCAGAAAGAUGAAGUCGUUAUUUAGCGCACUACAGAGCAAAAUCAUGAUUUUAAUGACGGUUUUUUAAACAAAAAAAUUACAGGUACAAGUUUUUUUGAAAACAGCACCAGCUUUCAAAUAAAGAAUCGGUUCAUCUAGAAAAAAGUCAUAUAUUUUAAGUCUGUUGAAAACAACUUGAUUAUAAAAAGCGCGUCUUUAGUAUAAGUUAUUAUAUUUGUUAUAUUUUUUUAAUAUAAUAACAUUAACAAUUAGAGAAACAGAACGUUGAAUGAAGCCUGUAUGUACAAAUAAAAGAGUACCGUUUUUUUUUAUAUCUAUGAAUAUUAUUUAAACUAGUACUAACUUAGGUGCCAAUGGGUCCUCGGGUAGUCUUCGUUUUGUAGUACACAUUUUGAUUUUGGUAUUAAUGUUAAUACUGUAACAAACCUGGAUCUUUUAGCCCUGGUUUCAACCCGCACUAAAUUCUUUUUUUGGAAUAAGACUGGUAGAGUCUGUAGUAUAGAUAUGUUAAACAGAAGAAUAGCUGACGUUUUUACCGCGCGGCAUAUUUUAUUUUAAUAAUAAAAAGAUAAAACAAUUAAAUGACGUCAUUUGUGUGAAAUUUGCGACGUUCAAGUGACCAAUAAUGCCUCGAACAUUAACGAGCAUAACGAAUGUUUGCUGCAUAAAAACAAUUUAAAGCAAUUAGAAGUAAAUAACAAAGAAAUAAAAGAAGGUGAAAUGAAAGAGAAGAGCUACUGCAAUAUGUGGUGUGUACUUCGCGGUUUACAAAGCAAAAAACUAAUGCUCUCGCCAGCUCGCAUUCAACUACAGAAGUUACGAAGAAUUUGACCGUAAGUGCGCAAUUUAUUUCUGCUGUAGUGCACUUUUAGAAAGUCAUUGGUCACAAUCAAUGAGCGUACGGCAAUAUUACUUUAAUGUUAAUAAUUUAGAAACUUCUUCAAGUUCGACACAAAAAGUGUAUGUUUUCAGUUUACCGGUGCGAAUAAUGUGUCUGUAAUUACCAUAUUUAGUUUAAGAAAUAAAUUGUAUUAUUAUAACUAUAGUGUGACAUAACGUUCAAAUUGUUUUUCAAAACGUUUAAAUUAUAUCUAUAGAAAUCAUAUUUUUGUUAUAAGACAGAUGUUAUUAAAAUUUUCAUUCC